AUGGGGACGUUCCACCCCGAGCCAACUCCUAUGAUGGACUCCUUCAGUCUCCAACCAGCCAUGCUAGAUGCGUCUCUGGUUGCCGGCACAGAUAUGAGUGUCUACUCUGACGCUUUGUCCCUCGAGAUGGCUUCUAUGCAACCUGCACCUUAUGAUCCAAUGGAUUCCGUGCAGUCAAGCUUGAUGCAGGAUGGCUCGAGUAAACCUGACACCCCUGACAGCUCAAUGCCUUCUAAUGGCAUCGGUGCUGGCCCUUUACCUACCGACUUUAACUUCCAAAAUAUUCACAGCUCGAGUACCCUGACCGAAUUUACGAGGAGAAAGAAUUGGACUCAGCGCUUACUAGAGGAGCUCAAAGACUUGGUAUAUAUUCUCACUCCUGAUGGUCGACUUCUCUACGUUUCACCCUCUGCCAAGCAAUUGACCGGACACGACCCAAAGGACUUGAUCGGCAAAUCAAUAUCGGAUUUCAUCCACCCCGACGACUCUUCCCUUUUCAUUCGCGAAUUCAACGAGAGCAUUGCUACGGGGAACUCUGUUCGCUUUUUCCACAGGUUCCGCGACGCUGAAGGCAAAUACCGGAUCUUUGAGUGCCACGGCCAUCCGCAUCUCACAACCGAAAUCACUCAACUCGAACUCGCAGGACCAUCUUUGAGUCACACAGGGUUUUGCCGGGGCUUCUUCAUGAUGGCCCGGCCGUACCCAACUCGAACCUCCGAACUCCUGGAUUCAUUCCUGGAGCACAAGAUUGAGAAUUUCAGGCUCCAAGCCAGAAUCGCAGUAUUGAAGCGCGAGGAAGCCGAGGACGCGGACGCGCAACAAGAGCAUUAUCACAAGCAGGCUGGCGGAGUCGCAGGCUCCCGGGCUUCAUCAAAUUCAGCCGACCUUCCGCCUACAUCUCCAUCCACGAGCGCCAGGCCAGAGUUUCCCGACUAUGGUGGCAUGCCACCGCCCGCCAAACCAACAGUAUCAAACAUUGCCCUCACCCGCGAAGCACUAGAUGAGGCCAAUGCUUUUGCUCGCCCAGACUCUAUACGGGACAAAAUGGCCCGCUACGAAGGCUCCUCGCACGUUGACUCCAUUGAGAUGUUGACCGGGCUCCGCUACCGCGAGGGCGAGAGAUCCCACGGCAUAUCAACUGGUGGUACUUCGCCGGCACUGAUUCGCGGCGACGCAGGCAUUCACAUUCCCAUCGACAAAGCUGACGCACGAUAUUCAUACGCCGACAAGAAGCACAAGAAAGUGAAAAGCGCAGAGGAAUACGUUUGCACAGACUGUGGAACGCUCGACAGUCCCGAGUGGAGGAAAGGCCCCAACGGUCCAAAGACGCUAUGCAAUGCUUGCGGGCUGAGAUGGGCGAAGAAGGAGAAGAAGAGGCACGCCGCAACAGAUGCCCUGUCGUCGGUUGCGGCCGGGUAUGCCAGCCCCGCGGCAUCUACCGCCAAGACUGGCGAGGUAGACACUGCCGACGCAACCUCGUCUAUGGCGGCGGUAGGGAAUGACAGUCCAAUGCUGCUCGCGGGCAAGACCACCGAGACAGGAGUUGCCGGAGGAGCAUCCACGGAGGAGGUGGGAAAUCGCAGUCCUGCGGUAUCCAUGUCCAAGUCCACUGCUAAGACUGACGGAAUGGGAGGAGGGGCCGAAGGCGCCAGAUCGACUGUGACAGAAAAUGGUGGUUCUACUGUAACCCCGUCGACGGCUAUCAACAACGAAACAACACCCACACAGGUAUCUUUGUCGAAUGCGGCCAAAAAUGACCACGCAGCCGCCACCGCCACCGACACAGCUCGUGUGGACGGUCCUUUACCUGCUCCCCUUGUUAAGCAGGAAUCCACGGGUAGUUGA